AAUGAGUUCCUUGCUGUUACAGUGCAAAUAAAGCGAGAUAACGGGCCGAGGAUAGCGGGCUAAAACUUUUUAUUCUGACAUGUUGAAGCAAUGACUUUUGUGUAAGUAUAAACCUGGGACAGGGAUCCCAGCGGACGAAUAGGGUCUGUGCUGGAAGAAGAGAGAGAAGUGCUCAUUUUUGGGUGUGGAGAACCGGACGGCGCAUUCACAGUAGAUUCAGAACAAGUUUGCCUUUCCCAAAAGUAACAGUGGAAGAGUAAAAGUUGCAACAUGAGCUUGUUGUCUGCAAUAGACACCAGUACAUCGGUGUACCAGCCUGCACAGCUUCUCAACUGGGUUUAUCUUUCUUUACAAGACACACAUCAGACGAGCGCCUUCGAUGCUUUCCGACCCGAGCCCAACUCGUCCCAUCCGGAUCUGAACUACACCAAAACCCCUGCCAGUGAACUGAGCUCCUCUCUCAACUCCAACUAUCUCAACAAUCUCUUUCAGCUGCAGAGGAAUGAGGCCCUGAAUAAUGGCUUAUACAAAAGCGUGUCCCCAUAUGGCUCUCUCAACAACAUAGUGGACGGGCUGAACUCUUUAACGGACCACUUCUCUGACCUCUCCCUCUCCUCUGAGCAACGCAAGCCCAGCAAGAGACCUCCACCAAACUACCUGUGCCAUCUCUGCUUCAACAAGGGACAUUAUAUCAAAGACUGCCCUCAGGCCAGACCCAAAGGCGAAGGAUUGACUCCAUAUCAAGGAAAGAAGAGGUGCUUUGGUGAAUACAAAUGCCCUAAAUGCAAGAGGAAGUGGAUGAGUGGAAACUCCUGGGCCAACAUGGGACAAGAAUGCAUCAAAUGCCAUAUCAAUGUUUAUCCCCAUAAACAGCGUCCCUUAGAGAAACCCGAUGGCCUGGACGUUUCUGAUCAGAGCAAGGAGCACCCACAACAUCUGUGCGAGAAGUGCAAAGUCCUGGGCUACUACUGCCGUCGCGUGCAAUAAGGAGGUUUCCUGACGUCCCCGUCGUCUUAUUUCUUCCCCCCUUCUUCUCUUUUCGCUUAGCCUACCCAAGCACUCCGAGAAAAAGUGAAAAGUGCCAAAAUUAUGUAAAUAUGUUUAGCUAUAGUAACGGCUUUGUGUAUCAGCAGCAUGCAUUGCAUUUAUCGUUUAUAUGUGUAUAAUGGACAAUUGAAUAUGUUUGGAAGAGUUGUCACUGACAGUAUUUGUAUCCGUACCGGGCGCAGUGGAUUACCUCACCGUUGCGUCCUCAGAUCGUGUGUGUUUACAGACUUUCCCUUCAUUCUCCUUGCUGAGUGAACUUAUGAGGACGUGUAGCACCAUGUUAAUUCACUCAGACAAGGGCCCGUGUGCCUUUUUACAGAGCUUUGGGUCAAUAGCACAUCAUAUUAACUGUGAAUUAACAGAGGGAUAAUGGACUUUCCAUCCCUAGCUUUUGUGUCACAUAUUUAUUUAUGUUUGUAUACCGUAUCGUAGUGCAAUUCAAUUUACUAAACUGGGAUAAUCUGUGUUUAUAUACAGACAGAUAUUGUCUAACCCCACACCUCUUGCCAUUAGAAACUACUGUAGAAUAGAAUUGUCUAAUGCUUGCGUCAGGUAGUUUGUUUCGAUGCUAGAUAGUCGGCUAAACGUAGCCCCGGACAUCAAGUUGUUGGCAACUAUGCAAAACCCAUGACAGCUUACGCAGAUUCAUCAAUUCCUGUCAUAUUGUCUGUACGUUUUAUGAAGUGUGUGGAUGAUCAAAACAAAGCCAUGGCUAGCCGAUUUGUAAAACUUAGGAACCCAGGUAAAGCUCAGUUUUUUUAGUACAGGGUCAAACUGAGCUUUUUGGUCCAUAUGCAACCGAUUAAACCCGGUCAUAAAUCGUUCCUUAACAUGACACCUGUUCCUCAACAGAGUUUAUUUGCCUCAGGAUGAAGAGUGUGUUUGAAUAACACACGAUGAAGCAUGCCUCCUUUAUGAAACUUUAUAUUCAGGCCUCACUAUAUCAUAAGCAAACGUUCAUUUACAAAAUCAUCAAAAAUUAUUCAUUCACAAUCUUUAAUUUGACACGAGACCCUUGCACUAAAAUUUCUCCUGUUUACACGUUUCAGAAAUGAAAUUCACUUCGAAUGCCUUUUUGGCAUUGUAUAUGUUUUUAAAGCAUUGCCUAACCCGACACGAGUGUAUGUUUAUACAGUACAUUAGUUGCGUAACUCACAAGUGAUGAUUUACACCCUGUUGAAACUGUGAUUAUUUUUUUAAAGCAUUUUCUAUCUGGGUGGGCAAUGUAUAUUUGUAAAGGGAAAGAUGGUAAAGUAAGUAAUUUUGAAGAGUCUUUGGAGAUGACACUUUGGGUACAUUUAUUUGUUUUGGAGAGCACUGAAAGCGAUGGAAACAUUUGAAUGAAGGAAUAGGAUAAAACAGCUCAUCUAGGUGUUGUUUACCUCUUGUUAUGGCUUACGUGAAGUACUAAAACCCAGGAUCAUCUAAUAUUAAAUGUACAGCAGCUUUACGUGUUCAGAUGGUAAAUCGAGCGAUCUUUUUUAUGAAUACACUAGAUGUACAUAUAAAAACACAUUUACAUGGUAAAUACAAUGUGUAUAAUUGUUUACUUAACUUUGGAGUCCACAUAUUUUGUGCUGUCGGAAUAUUAGUUAUUAAUCUUGUCUGAAGGGAAUGUCUUUAGUGCCUAAGUUGUUCGGUUAUGAAACGUCUAGUUUUUAGUCGCAGAUGUCACGUGUGAUACUGUGGAAGAGAAUGGUGGGAUGCUUAUAAUAAUAAACAGCUCAUUUUUGAUUUUGUUGAUGGUAAAUUUAGUGAAACAAUCAUCCAGGGAGUCGAUCAUUAAAUUUCAGUUGUCAAAAAACAAGGAAAAGAUGUUUCUUUGAAGGUCAUUAUUGUUUCUCAGAGCCUGUAUUUCUUGGUAACUGUAUUUAUCACAUUGUUCUGGCAUUGCUAAUGGCUCCACUGUGUGUACGUUCCUACGCGCCAACGUUUACUUCAAGCCUCAUUUCAGCUGGAAUGAGUAAUUCUGCUUUUUGAUAAACACCGUAAUGAAUGGCGUAAUGAAAAUAAGCAUUGAAAUGAACGAUUACUGUGGAUUUAUCACAAUCAUUGUAGAUCCUUUACGCUUAAUGGUUGCAUUGCAUCAUUGGGAUCAAUUUAAUUCAUCGUCAGUUCUGUAAACAUGGAUAGAUGAUAUGAAGCACCACUAGAGCAAGGCUUAAAUAGUUCAUAGUUGCGUUGCACUAAAUACAAGACUGAUCUCCGAAUUUCCUCAUUGGCUUUAAUGAAACAGGCCUGAGUUUUGUAAAUGUUGAAUACAGAUUUACACAAAUGGGAUAUUUGUUUGCGACGUUUUAGUUUAUUUCUAGUCCUAUCGUUUCGUCUCUGCCUUUUUGAACGAAAGACAGAGCUUGUGGUAUUAAGAACGUAGAUGCAUUUAAAACUAUACAAAGUGCUUUUUGCGCAUGUGUUUUUGUCUUGAAAUACAUAUACUUGACUUUUAUAGCUCACUUUCAGUAUAAACGUGUUAUUUUCUAUUAAAGGUAUGUGUAUUUUGGAAACAAUAUAGAGAUUUUGGAGCAAUAUGAUAUCCAAGUUUUUCCCUUAAGAGAGAUACAAGUGUGUUUUGUGUAUAUAUUCGAUGUUCCAUCAUUAUCAAAAUGUUAUGAUGCAAUAUUAAAACAUUGUAUGUGAAAAAGGGCAAAUUGCUGAGAUGCAAAAGAGCUGGGAUUUUUUUCCUUUGAUGUUUUACAGUAAUCUUUGGUUAUAUCCUAUACAGAAAUAUUUAUGGAAGGAUUUUUGAUUUUCUUUUUUAACAAUUCAAUUCUUUUGUAUAAAAUAUGCAACGAAAGCUACUCUAUGAAGAAAAUAUUGAUGAUGACUACAUAGAAUAUUAUUCAAAGGUUGGUACAUAUUAUGCCCUUACAAGCCAUUUUAUUUGUGUUUUGUUAUUCUAGAUGUUAUAUACUGUAGAUCUAUAGUAACCUUACCCGUUACAUGUGCUUAAACAUGUUUGGGAUCUUUGUGUGUCUGCUAUACAGCAUGAAUGUUUUGAUUUGCAGUUAUAGGAAAGUUACAACACUUUGUUUUAACAUUAUGUAUAUGCAAAAGAUGUGACUAACUCCAGUGAUUGGCCAUAACACUGAAUUUCGAAAUCUUUUACAUGUAUUAAAUAUUACAUGAAACUGUGAGCUUUGGUUAGUCACGUCUCCAGUUACUGCCAGGAAUUAUAUUGAAAUCGUUAUCUUCAUAUGUCAAAAUUGAAAAAUUUGGAGUUCAAACAAGUAUCUGGGACUGAAGUUUGCAUGUGCAUGUUUUUUUUAAUGAUUCAAGAACUAUCAUCUGUGCAAUGUAUUCUUAUUUAAUAUAAAUACAUGUUUAGUUCCUGGUAAGAUAUCUUUGUAGAAUACACCUAAUUGUUAGUGCCUCUAUUCACUGCUAGUAUUUGCAGUAUCAUUAUUAAAUGUACUGAAUGUACUGAUUUAACUCUCAUGUGACAAACUCAUGUCUGUAAAAUAUUUGUCAUCUUAUUGAUCAUAUUGGAUUGGACAGAGUAACAAAGAUUUGAAGGAAAGUAAGAUGAGCUCAAAUCUUUGCUCAGUGUCCAUGAAACGGCAUUCCGAUAUGUGCCUUAUUUGUUAGUUAUAGGAAAACUGAAGACUUUGUGCCUUUAGAAGUUUGUUCAAUUAAAAAAAAUGACUAAAUGAA